GGUUCUCUCUUCUAUCUCGACGCUUCUCUUCCGCACACAUCACUGUUCGCUCUUGCCUCCGCCAUUGUUUGCGAUUUCGUGAGAGAGACUGAGAAAAAAUGGGGAGCACUGGAGACUGGAAAUUGGCGGAUCACCCGAAGCUUCCGAAGGGGAAGACUAUCGCGCUGAUCGUCUUGGACGGUUGGGGCGAGGCCGAGGCCGAUCAGUAUAACUGUAUCCACGUGGCGGAGACUCCCACCAUGGAUUCGCUUAAGAAUGGUAAACCGGAUAAGUGGAGAUUAGUGAGAGCUCAUGGAACUGCUGUGGGGCUUCCUACUGAGGAUGAUAUGGGCAACAGUGAGGUCGGUCACAACGCUCUUGGUGCUGGCCGUAUUUUCGCCCAGGGGGCGAAGCUUGUGGACCAAGCUCUUGAAUCUGGAAAGAUUUACCAAGGAGAAGGCUUCAAGUACAUUAAGGAAGUGUUUGGGACCGGAACUUUGCAUCUCAUUGGGUUGUUGAGUGAUGGUGGAGUCCACUCUCGGCUUGAUCAAGUUCAGUUGUUGCUUAAGGGUGUUGCUGAGCAUGGUGCUAAAAGGAUCCGUCUUCAUGUUCUUACUGAUGGACGUGAUGUUCUGGAUGGUUCAAGUGUGACAUUUGCUGAAACACUUGAAGAGGACCUUGCAAAGUUACGUGAGAAAGGUGUGGAUGCACAGAUUGCAUCUGGUGGAGGUCGCAUGUACGUCACCAUGGACCGUUAUGAGAAUGACUGGUCAGUUGUUAAACGAGGAUGGGACGCCCAAGUUCUUGGUGAAGCCCCCUACAAAUUUAAGAGUGCUGUUGAAGCAAUCAAGACACUGAGAGCAGAACCAAAAGCCAAUGACCAGUAUUUACCUCCUUUUGUUAUUGUUGAUGACAGUGGAAAGCCUGUGGGCCCAAUAGUCGAUGGUGAUGCUGUUGUUACAUUCAACUUCCGAGCAGACCGUAUGGUUAUGGCUGCUAAGGCAUUUGAGUAUGCAGAUUUUGAUAAAUUCGAUAGAGUUCGAGUUCCUAAAAUCCGUUAUGCUGGUAUGCUUCAGUAUGAUGGUGAGCUGAAGCUUCCAAACCGUUACCUUGUAGAACCUCCAGAGAUUGAUAGAACAUCUGGGGAAUAUCUAACUUACAAUGGAGUCCGUACUUUUGCCUGCAGUGAGACUGUAAAGUUUGGCCAUGUUACUUUCUUCUGGAAUGGGAAUCGCUCUGGAUACUUUAACCCUGAAAUGGAGGAAUAUGUGGAAAUUCCAAGUGAUAGUGGAAUCUCAUUCAACGUCCAGCCAAAGAUGAAGGCAGUGGAGAUUGCCGAAAAGGCAAGGGAUGCUAUUCUGAGCAAGAAGUUUGAACAGGUGCGUGUUAACCUACCAAAUGGGGACAUGGUGGGGCAUACUGGUGACAUUGAGGCCACAGUUGUUGCUUGCAAGGCUGCUGAUGAAGCUGUCAAGAUUAUUCUUGAUGCGGUAGAGCAAGUGGGUGGAAUUUAUGUUGUUACAGCUGAUCAUGGUAACGCCGAGGAUAUGGUGAAGAGAAAUAAGACUGGGCAACCUGCUCUUGACAAGAGUGGAAAGAUCCAAAUCCUUACCUCCCACACUCUCCAGCCAGUUCCAAUUGCUAUCGGAGGCCCUGGACUGUCGCCUGGUGUUCGGUUCCGCAGGGAUCUUCCCAGUGGUGGUCUUGCCAAUGUCGCUGCAACUAUGAUCAAUCUGCAUGGAUUUGAGGCCCCUGCUGACUACGAGCCAUCCCUCAUUGAAGUUGUUGAUAACUAGGAAACAGAAGGCAACAUAGGGAAAAGGACUUCUCAAUCUAGUAUUUCCUAAGUUUUGAUGUUAGGUUACAUUGCCAAAGGAGGCGUCAGCUACAGUUAAUUUUGUUAAAUAAGUUGGAAAACUAUGUUUGCUCACAGCUGCUGUGAGAGUACUGGAAUUUGGAGAAUGAUAGAAACAAUUGAGAUGAAAAUGGAUUUUUUUGCUAUUUUCUGCUUUCCAAUUAGCAAUUUCUUCCCCUGAACAUGAAUAUCAUAAAUGU